AUGCCAUUUCUUCAGAAGCUCUAUCAAGAGGAAAAAGAUAAACAAUUUGCUCACUUUGCAGAUUAUCUCAGAACACUAGAGAUCAAGAUCCCUUUUGCAGAGGCUCUUGAACAGAUACCUUCUUAUGCUAAGUUCAUGAAGGACAUCCUGAGUCAUAAGAAGGGUUGGAGAGAGACACAAACAGUCCUCCUCACUGAAGAGUGCAGUGCAAUCAUUCAAAACAGCUUGCUAGAGAAACUUAAGGAUCCUGGAAGCUUUAUGAUACCAUGCACUCUAGGUGAUGCUUGCACAAGGACAGCUCUAUCUGACCUUGGAGCAAGCAUCAAUCUAAUACAUGUUUCAUUAAUAAGGAAUCUUUGCUUGAUUGAUGAAGUCAAACUAAUCCGCAUAUGUCUUCAACUUACUGAUGGCUCUAUUAAGAUACCAUCAGGCAUGAUUGAAAAUAUGAUUGUUAGGGUUGGACCCUUUGCGUUUUCCACUGACUUUGUGGUGUUGGACAUGGAAGGGCACAAGAGUGCAUCCCUUAUCUUAGGGAGACCCUUCCUAGGUAUAGGACAGACCCUCAUUGAUGUUGAAAAUGGGGAAGUAACCCUGAGAGUCAAUGAGGAAAAGUUCGUACUGAAUGCUGUCAAGGCUAUGCAGCAUCCAGACACCCCUGAGGAAUGCAUGAGCAUUGACCUCAUUGAUUCCCUGGUGGAAGAAGUCAACAUGGCCGAAAGUCUUAGAGGAACCUCUGGAAACCUCUGA